CGCUUCCCCCCCCGGCUCGGGCCGGCGCUGCAGCGGGAGGCGGAGCCGGGGCCGGGGCCGGGGCCAUGGCAGGCGGCGGGGCCGCGCUGCGCAGGGCGCUGCUGGGAGCGCGGAGGGCGGCGAGGCCGCGGGGAGCUGCCGGUGGGAGCCGCGCUGCCAUGUCUUCACAGUCCCACUGGUUGACGACGGAGGAGAGGAACCAGGUUUUACUGGAUCUCAAGGCUUCAGGCUGGGCGGAGUUGAGCGAAAGAGAUGCCAUCUACAAAGAGUUCAAUUUCAAGAGUUUUAAUCAGGCUUUUGGAUUUAUGACACGUGUUGCUCUACAAGCAGAGAAGAUGAAUCACCACCCGGAAUGGUUUAAUGUCUACAGCAAGGUUCAGAUAACUCUGAUUUCCCACGACUGUGGUGGACUGACCAAAAGAGAUGUGAAGCUGGCUCAGUUCAUUGACAAAGCUGCUGCUUCAGUGUAACCAGGAUGUAAAACACUUCAAUACAGCGUCCACCAGUAUUAUGUAAA